UAAAAUGGUUUGGGCAUAUUUUGCUGUUCUAGCCAUAUUUUUUAAUGUGGCUUUAAGCCAAAGCAUCAGAUGUCCUCCUUGCCCCAACAACUGCGGCCCAAAAUUGGCUACCACCAUUGCCGCACCUACCAUCGUCUCUACCACCGCCCCUACCAUCGUUGACGGCAACGUCGUCCAAUCUCUCAUUGACACGCUCCAACUUUUCAUCGUCAGUGAUCUCUUAGCUGACACUUUGCCAGAGAAAAACUGCUACGUCCAAAACAUUCCACCCACCCCCUUAGUUCUUGAGUAUGAUGAUUGUGGUAUAGAAUAUGAGCUGGUUUUCGAUAACUGCACUGAUAUAAUAACAGAUUGUAUUUGCAACCCUGGCUGCGGAUGUGAGUAUGUGACAGCUUUAGUGCCGAGGAAGUGCUGCAGUGACCAGUUGAUCCUACCCCAAGGUCUUGCGAGCUGCCUUGCGGUUUAGGGUAUUUGCCUGGUGGUUUACCAGUGGUGGCGAAAGCGUUUGGUCCGUGCGGAUGCGGACGUGGAUGCGGUUGCGGUUGCGGAUGCGGAUGCGGACGCGGAUGUUCUACAGGAGCAUUCCCUAUCUGUUCUCCGUGCAGUUGCGCGGCGCUAGCGGUGCCGCUGUGUCCAAAUUUGUCGCCGUUUUGUAAGCCUAUUAUUUUGUAAGGUAGUUUAAGUAUGUGUUAAAAUAAACUUUUUUAAUAAAAUUUA